GGGAGGAGGAACGUGUUGUCGUCUUCUCAUCUCGCACUCGAUACCGUGCUUGUGGCCAUUUGUCUGCUUGCAGUGAGCUGCCUCUACGCUGUUUUUUUGCUCGUCGUUUGUCAUCGUUAUCUGGUAGUACUGUGUUGCCGGCUGCUCUUUUUGCCACGGAAAGGAUCGCACACAUUUUUGAUAUUGACGCCAAGGAAUAUGACAAGGCUGUUCUUUUAUUCGGCCGAAGUGGAAGUGGGUAAUCCUUCUGGAACCAUGGAGCCAUUCCCGAGGCGGAUGCCGACCGGACACGUAGAGUUGACCCCAAAGUCAAGGAAAGGGAUCCAUAUUCAUGGCCUGGAUCCCAAUCCAGAAUGGACACUGGAUGAUCUAAACCGUGAGCUGGACGCGCUGCUUCCGACAACAUCGGAGCCGUUGCUUCCUCGCGAUGUUCCGGUUCCAAGACAUAAAAAUGUUGUGACGUGGCGAGACCUCCGAGAACCUGCCAAUUUUAAGGGAAGAUCUGGUCCUUUUAGGAUGCGUGCCCCGAGCUUCGACUCCUCUGACUCGUCUGAUGACUCUGACGUUGAGACUGAGGAGGCGCAGGGCAUUCCUCGUUACGAGGAAGAGGACGACGAAGAUGGGAACCGAUCUACCUCAGAAGACGGCGACAACGAUCAAGGCCCAAGGAAUGCCGAUGCUACAAGAAGUGAAAUUGAAGAGGAUCUCAGCAGAGUCCAUCUCCAGGGAGUGGAGAAUAGGACUGGCGGCAGCAAUUUGUUGACAAGACCUGAUUUGGAAGCAGUGGCACUCUUCGAGUUACGAAGGGCGCGCUGUUUGAGAAUGCAGGACAUGUUGCGGACAACCAAUGUCCCCUUCCAGCGGAUGAUUAUGUUGCAACGACAGCACGAGGCUGAGCGAAUCGCUGACGUCGAGAGGGACAUGGAGGCGAAGCAAGAGAGGCUGAGGGCUGCGGAUCGACAGUCUCAGAGGGAAAUUGCCGAAGCGAGGGACAGUCACUUAUCCCAGCUACAACGGCAUCAUCAGCAAAGGUUGGAGACGGAAGACAGGAAGUUGAAGCGUGAUGCGGAAGUGGAAGAGCUUGCCACCAAGGCUGAGAGAGAGAAGCAGCUUAAGGCGAAGGCGGAAGAAGAGGAGGCAGCAAGAAGGAAGGCUGAAGCCAAGGCCGCUGCAAGAAGGAAGGCCGAAGCAGAGGCCGCCGCAAGACAGAAGGCAGCAAUGGAGGCCGCGAAGAGGGCCAAAGAAGAAGAAGAAGCUGCUGCUGCUGCUGCUGCUGCUGCUGCUGCUGCUGCUGCUGCUGCUGCCGCUGCCGCUGCUGUUUCAAAUGCAUCUCGCGCCCGUGAUCUAUCAGCAACAGUGAAUCAAGGACAGGAUAUGGAGAAUAGAGCCUCUACUUCUUCUGCUGCCGGAAUUCCUGGCCGUCAGAUCCUCGCCAAGCCAAACCCUCCUUCUGCCCCCGGUGUAAAGCAGAAGGAGCAACAAGGCAAAGCUUCUCAAAGCUCUGGUCCAUCUUCGCGCAUUAGAAUUGCUGAAAGUGCGGCUACCGUGGAAGCAGAGCGUCUAACGAGAUUAAAAGCUCUCGAGGAAGCAGUUCGUCCGUACGAAAGGGACGAGUCAUUGAAGAAGGAAAGGCGGAGUCAUGAGCGGAAAAUCAUUCUGGCUGUGCAGCAGAUUUCCGCUACUCAGGAGCAAGUCCGGCGUAAGUCGAGAGAGCUGGGAGAGCUUCUGAGUAACCAACGUCUGCCGCAGCAGUUCAUGGUGCUCAGCUUUGCGUCGAAGAUGCUGUCGCAGUGCGAGGUGCAGGUUCAGAAGCUGCCCACAUUUGCGUUUCCUCUGGCGAAUGUGGCAGUGAACGUUGCCGUACAGGUGCCGGGUGUGAUGGAAAUCCUGUUGGCGCGACUGCACGAGGUGUGCAUCUACACGGUACCCAAGUACUUUCUAUACAACAAGAACGCAUACGCAUCAGAUGAAGAGUACUUCAAGAAGCUUGGGUAUCGAGAAGAAGACGGAACGCAAGAAAGCGAAGAUAGUUACAUCGGCAGAAUGACCGGCUACAUGACCUUUUAUGGUGCAAUCAUUCAGACUGAAGUCAGUAGCGGCACAAAUCCGCAUGGUCUUCCGCAUGGGUGGGCGUGGAUGGCACGGCUGCUGAACAAUCUUCCAGCCAAUCGGGCGACAGCAUCAGCUCUUGAAGCCUUUCUCAAGGUUGCAGGUUAUCGAUUAAAUAGGGAGUAUCCAAAGCCAUUUCUGAAGCUGAUCGCCGUCAUAGAUCGGGAGGUCCUGUCCGUUCUUCGAGAGAAGAAUGAUCCGGAUGCGCGAGCCGUCGUAAGCCGUCUACAGAUGUAUAUCCAGAGGUCUCUGUACAAACAGGUACCUGACGGUCGAGAUCUUCCUCUAAAGGACAUGUCCGCAACUUGCAGAGCAUGAGGUGAGUCAGAAAAAAAAUAUAUGCCAACCUCGCCAACACCAGUGUUUUUUUUUUUUUUUUUUUUUUUGGGUUCGUAACAAACACCCCGGUUUGUC